AUGAUGCGCACUCAUCCAACUCUCCUCUCCUUCCUGCUCUUCCCCCUCAUCCUCCUCCUUGCCCUCCCCCAAACCCACGCCUAUAACCCCGCCAAAGCCCCCAACUCCAGAGACGCUGUCCGCCUCUCAUCCAUCAAAUCCCUAACCCUCUACGCAAACCGCAAAACUACCCACCGCCGCCUCCCCGCCAUCCAACAACUAACCUGCAUCGGCCCCUCGAAAAAGAUAUGUGCGCUCUACACUCCCGAUGUCAUGCGCUGCACAAACCAAGGUCACGGCUACGACGAGAAUGACAUCCAGUGGACGUGCACGGCGCAGUUGCCGCCAGAGUUUAAGCUGGGGAGCACCGAUGUUAUCUACGAGGGGUAUCGAGAUGCGAAGGACCCGUGGGUGCUUAGGGGUAGCGGUGGGGUGGAGUAUCAGCUGUUAUUAACGGAGAGGGGAGAGGCGAAGUAUGGAAAGCUUGUGGCUGGGGGCUUGUUUGAGGGUGGAGGUGGCUGGUUGCGUUUACUGGGGGAGCUGUUGUUUUUCUUUUUCUUUUUCGGGGUGCUGGUGGUUAUUGUGCUGGCGGCUUUGGGUUGUAUUGAUGGCGGUCGCCGGGGUGGCGGUGGACAGAGGAGGGGUGGUGGCUUGGGGUGGGGUGGAUGGGGACCGGGAUGGGGACCUGGAGGAGGAGGAGGAGGGUGGGGCGGGUGGGGCGGAUGGAAUGAUCCGCCGCCUCCAUAUGACUAUCCGGGAUACAGGAAACAGGAGUCAUGGAGGCCUGGUUUCUGGACGGGUGCAGCAGCGGGGAGUGCGGCGGGGUAUGCCAUGGGGAGACAAAGUGGGUCGAGGUCGGGAUCAGGAUGGGGAUGGGGGUCGAAUAGAGCGGAAAGCUCAAGGGGCAGCUCUUCUCGUCCGUCGUUUUCACCUUCUCCCUCUACGUUGGAGAGAACCGGGUUUGGGUCUACGAGACGGCGGUAA